UCUUUCAAAAAGGUAAGAAAGAUUAAUUAAACUUGUAAUAAACGAUGUUGUACGUAGUGACGGUGAGAUAAAGCCUCGUGAAGCUUUAAAGCUUUCCAGCGAAUUGUUUCGCAAAAGGUUAAUUUCUCGAGGCUUCACGUGCUCACAGAACCACCUGUCACUCAAAGAGUGUGAAACAGGCAGAUAUCAUCUCUCAACCAUGUCAUAUUUAAUAUAUUUUGCGCCAGUAAAGGCUUAGGAAUGACUGUAAACAAUGAAUUUAUAUCAAUAUAGUAUCUAUUUUAUAUAUUAUAAAACUAACUAAACUAUACAUCAUACAGUGAAUGGCAGCAGGUGUUAUACUCAGUUCCUGCUCCUCAUAACUAUCAGUUCAUGAUCUUCCUGCAGGUCUAACAGAGCUUUUGUAUGUUACACACUGAAACUAUCAUCUCCUGCAGGUCUCACAGUUCUGAUAAAAACUCAGCACAUUGUGCUGGCAGCAGUGGGAGAAGACUCCUCCUUAAGCUGCCAGCUGAUGCAACCCAAAGAUGUUCUGCAAGUCACAUGGCAGAAAUCUUUACCUGAGGGGAUGAAGAAUGUUGCCAGUUACAGCAAACAGUUUGGUCCAAGAGUGAAUGAUGGUUUUCAAGGAAAAGUGGACCGUUGAAGCUGCUGGACUGCAGAACUGCUCCAUAGUUAUCAGGAAUCUGACAGAGCAAGAUGAAGGAUGCUAUCACUGUUUGUUCAACACCUACCCUGAAGGUGCUCUCACUGGUACAACCUGCCUCCAGAUCUAUGAGCUGCAUGAACCCAUUCUCCAUGUUGGAGAAUCAAACAGUGCUGAAGAGGCUCUUGUGUCCUGCUCGGCCACAGGUCGACCUGCUCCCACAGUAACACUGACUGUCCCUCACUACAACUCUACCAGUGUCACCAACACCAACGGUACAGUCACCGUCACCGCGACAGCUCGUCUUCCUGACGAGAGCACACAGGUUGGAUGUGCAGCGCGAGUGCUGUCUGCUCCUCAGAAAGAGGUGUUCGUGAUGAUCCCUGAGGUCAAACAGUCGCCUGCUGGUGAUCUCACUCUGAUCAUUGUGGUGUCUGUGAUAGGGCCUGUGUGUGUGUGUGUGUGUGUGUGUGUGUGUGUGUGUGUUUGUGUUGCUGCAGUCAUCGUCUUCCUGCGUAGAAGAAGACAUCAGAACGGGAACCUUUGUGUAUUCACAGUCAGCAUGUUUGUCCUCUCACUGUUGUUCAGAGCGAUUUGGAAACUGAUUGUUUUUAUCUGAAGGACCCAAACACCUUUUAAUGAAGGAAGAGAACGAGCUACGGCAAAGGAAGUCUUCUGUGAAGAAAGGAAAGAAAAGAAAAGCUUCACCGCAUCAUCUCCGGAAGCAAGAAAAUCAACAGUUCAAUAAGAUUCAUGGACACAGUAGUUUAGAAACAUUGUAAUAUAAUUUAGAUGAUGGUUUUACACUAAUUCACUGAAGCAUCAGUGUCCCAUUUUAUACGUCUUUUUACAAUGAAAUGUUUAUAAAUGUUCUGCUGCUGCUCUUUGUCCUUUUUGUAUUUUUAUAUAAACUGAAUUAUGAAACUA